AUGUCCUCACACAGGGACCGCUUCUCAACCGCGGCUCCGACCCCAAGCAACUCCAGGGCCAACUCCCCCGCCCGCAGUCCCGCCUUCGCAGACGAGCUGGACGCAGUGCUGACCUGGUUCUCGGCGCUGAGCGGCCCCGAGCGCGCCGCGGCGCUCGCCUCCAUAGCUCGGCUACCGUCGUCGUCGUCGUCGUCCCACCCGGUGCAUGGGGUUGUUGUAGUAGCACCACCGCCGCUGCGCAGCCGUGAUCGGGCAAGCAUCGCGGCUCGGGCGCUGCCGCUGCCGGUGUUCCCGCGCGACGCCGGGGACCCGCGGUGGCUGUCCCGGUGGCUGAGGUCGCUCCGGCUGCACAAGUACGAGAGGUGCCUCGGCGGGAUGCGGCCGGCGGAGCUGUUGGAGUUGGCUGAUGAGGACUUGAGGAGGCUUGGGGUGGAUACGGUGGGCGCGAGGAAUAAGCUGCUUCGGUGUUGCAAGAGCUGA